AUGACCAGCUUCAUCACCAUGGACUGCGAUGUCGGUGUCUCAGCGCUUGUCGAUGUCGUGGGUGGUAUAUACGCGCCCUUUACACGAACUAUAAGCUGGGUUCUCACCUUUGACAUUCUCUGUCUGCCCCUGUUCAUUACCUUUGGUAUUGUCUACUGGAGAGUCUUGUUUCCUACCAUUGGUGAUGCAGGUGCCUUGAUUGGAUGGCAGAUACUGCUGGGUCUAUCACUGAAUAGCGCUACAGCCUUUGGAGCAGCCCUAUUUAGCAGAGCGCGUAUUUCUGCUGUCUCUGUGGCUGGUGUGUUCCUGUGUAUCGCCAUGGCUGGCCAGUUCUACCAUUCUCGAAAAGAGCCUGAGCUCGAUAUUUCUACCCUGUGA